ACUGCACAGACUUUCCACGGCCGCACACCCACCCCGAGAGGCCCCUCUCGCCCAGGAAGUGCGCGGGCCGCCGGCCGCAUAAAGAGGCUCUUGUGAGCGCUGCUCCUCGGCUUCUCCUCGCGCAGCUCCGCACCGCUCAGCCAUGCGACCUCUCCUCCUGGCCCUGCUUGGGACCUGCCUCCUCUCUGACUUCCUCGUGGAAGGUGUGGGGAGUGAAGUCCUGGAAAAGAGCUUCUGUGUGAGUCUAACGACCAAGAGACUGCCCGUUAAAAACAUCAAGACCUACACCAUCAAGGAGGGCCCCAUGAGAGCAGUAAUCUUCAUUACCAGACGCGGCUUUAAAAUCUGUGCGGACCCACAAGCUGACUGGGUGAAAAAGGCAGUAGAGAGUGUGGACAAGUCCACCAGGAGAAACACGAAACAGACCAAGCCUACAGGAGCCCAAUAUUCCACCAACACAGCUGUCACCCUGACCGCGUAGUGGCCUUCCGGCCGCCCACCUCACUAGCCAGCUCAUUUCCCUUUAUAAAUCUCCUGGACUAAUUCGAUUAUAUUCACUUUUUAUAAAAGUGCUGCGUGAGCCACCUUACUUUCUUGUAUUGUUAUUUUUCAUGUCUUUCU